AGAAACCCUACAGCUUCAUCUCCCAUGUUCACUGAGCUCUCUGGACCUCGGGCCACUCGGAGGUCGACAACCAUGAGAGGAAGAUGCCUCGUAACAAACUGAUCACUACCGAGGAUGACAGCGAUGAAGACCAAAUUUGCACUAUACCAGAAGAAUAUGAGCGAAAGAAAAUAGCCAAAAAGAAGCAGGAUAGUAAAAGAGAGGGAAAGAAGGGAAAUCGAAAGAAGAAAAAACAUGCAGCCGAGACUCAAGAGGAGUUGAUGGACAGACCAGAGAGGAAAGAAAAAGGCAUGAGGAGGAAAGGAAACAAUGGUAAAAAUAAUACCGCAAAGGAGAUUGAGAGGGAAGACAAAAAAAAGAUGGCAAGGGAGAAGAACCUUAAAAAUAAACAAAGAGAAAAGGUGCCGAUGGAGAGCGGAGCUGAGGAUGAAAAUUUCAAGAGGAAACACAAACACGACAGUGCCCCGAAUGAAGAAAGAAAAGAGAAUGUUUGUAAACGUGAGAAGGAGAAGAAACAGGAAGUAAAGAUGAAAAAGCACACAAAAGUAAUUGAAACAAGUUCAGAGCAGGAGACAAGUGAAGAAGAGGACAAGGAGGAAGAGGACAGCAAUGACGAAGAGUUGAGGCCAGAGUCUCUGACUGCUGAGGAGCUCCAGGAGCUAAAAGAGGAAGUGGACGAGAGGAAGAAAUUGAUCCAGAGUCUCAGAGGAAAGCCAUGGUCGAUGAGAAAGAAGCUGUUAACCUUACGGGAGUCUCAGGAGUUUGUGGAGAACUACGAGGGGGCUUUGGGCAAAGGGAAAGGUAGAAGGCUCUACGCAUACAAGGUCAUGAUGACUAAGAAAUGGAUGAAGUUUCAACGAGAUUUUGAAAACUUCAGAACUGCUUGCAUCCCAUGGGAGAUGAAAAUCAAAGAGAUUGAAAGUCACUUUGGCUCUUCUGUUGCUUCUUACUUCAUCUUCCUGAGGUGGAUGUAUGGUAUCAACAUGAUCUUGUUUGGGCUCACUUUUGGCUUGGUCAUGGUGCCAGAGGCAUUAAUGGGGCGGCCCUACGGGAGCAUCUCGAGAAAGACUGUGCCGAGGGCUGAGGAAGGGAGCGCCAUGGACUUUGCUGUCUUGUGGGACUUCGGGGGUUACGCCCAGUACUCUGUCCUCUUCUACGGUUAUUACAAUGACCAGCGUGCCAUUGGCUGGCUCAAGUUUCGCAUGCCUUUGUCGUAUUUCCUGGUUGGAGUAGGAACGGUGGCCUACAGCUACAUGGUGGUCAUUCGAACGAUGGCCCGUAAUUCAAAUGAGACUGGUGUCGGAGAUGAUAACAGCUUUAAUUUCAGCUGGAAAAUGUUCACAAGCUGGGACUACCUGAUAGGGAACGCUGAAACAGCAGAUAAUAAAUUUGCCUCAAUCACCACCAGCUUCAAGGAAGCCAUCUUAGAAGAGCAAGAGAGCCAUAAGGAUGACAACAUCCAUCUGACCCGCUUCCUGCGAGUGCUGGCCAAUUUCCUGGUGUUGUGCUGCCUUGCAGGAAGUGGAUACCUCAUUUACUUUGUUGUGCGGCGAUCUCAGAAGUUUGCUCUGGACGGACUAGAAAACCAUUCUUGGUGGGAAAGGAAUGAGGUAAAUAUGGUUAUGUCAUUACUGGGGAUGUUUUGUCCCAUGCUGUUUGACAUCAUUAGCACCCUGGAGAACUACCACCCCCGAGUCGCCCUGCAGUGGCAGCUGGGCCGCAUCUUUGCCCUCUUCUUGGGGAACCUCUACACAUUCAUCAUUGCACUCAUGGAUGAGAUCAACCUGAAAAGGGAAGAGGAAAAAAUAGUCAAGUUUAAUAUAACACAGUGGGAAGCAAGUUUUUACAACGUCACAGGAAAUAGCACAGCGCCACCUGCUGUUCAUCCUGCUGAUGUGCCCCGUGGGCCCUGCUGGGAGACCAUGGUAGGGCAGGAGUUUGUGCGGCUCAUCAUAUCUGACACCAUGACAACCUACGCCACACUGCUCAUUGGUGAUUUUCUUAGAGCUGUGCUUGUUCGUUUUCUCAACCACUGCUGGUGCUGGGACUUGGAGGCCGGAUUUCCGUCAUACUCUGAGUUUGAUGUUAGCGGGAAUGUGCUCGGCUUGAUCUUCAAUCAAGGAAUGAUCUGGAUGGGUGCCUUUUAUGCUCCCUGCCUGCCUGCCCUAAACGUCCUCCGCCUCCACGUGUCCAUGUACCUUCAGUGCUGGGCCGUCAUGUGCUGUAAUGUGCCGCAGGAAAGAGUCUUCAAGGCCUCUCGCUCCAACAACUUCUACAUGGCCAUGUUACUGGUCAUCCUCUUCCUCUCCACCCUACCUGCAAUGUACACCAUUGUCACAAUCCCUCCGUCUUUUGAUUGCGGACCAUUCAGUGGGAAGAAUCGUAUGUUUGAUGUAAUCCAUGAGACUUUGGAGUCAGACUUCCCAGCCUGGUUUGGAAAAGUGUUCAACUAUGCCUCAAAUCCUGGACUGAUCCUACCCUUCAUGUUGUUGAUGGUGCUGGCAAUUUAUUACCUGCAGUCCACAUCCAAAAGCUACAAAGAAGCAAAUAUUGAACUGAAGAAAAAACUACAGACGCAAAAUGAAGAAAACAAGCGAAAGAACAAGCAAGCUGCGUUGAAAGCUGCAAUGGAUUUGGAAGAGGCCAGAAGAGCUGCAUCCGAGGUUGCAGAAAAACAAAAGAACAACAAAGCUUUGCAGCAAGACCAUGAAAAUGGGAAAGAACACCGUUGUAGAGCUCAGAAAUCACAUCAUGGCAAAAGUGGACAUAAAUCUCCCACAGGCAGAGACCAAGAACAUACAACGACCAGAACUCCUGCCUCUGGAAGUCAUCGCCGUAGCAACAAUGAAGCUUCUCGGUACCUGCCUGGUUUCCCUCAACAAAGUGAUCUGAAGAUACACAGGGGGCCAAGGUUGCAGCGACACUGAGUGAGUGAGCAUGAAUAGAAAACACUUUACUGGGAAAAGUCAUUUUCCGAAGUGUGUGAUACAAAAAUAUUCUAUUGCAUGUAGUAUUUUUGGGCACAUUUUCCCGCAAGGACUUCUCUGGUCUCCAGAAGACAGAUUUGAACAAUAAAGUGAUGGGACUUGAGUGAUGAGUCAAUAAGCUUUAUUUGGCAAAGCCGCAAAGGACUCGUGUUAAAAUAAUGAAAAGUGGGUUAUAUGCAUAGUAUGUAUUUACAGAAUUCUAUAGAAUACUGUUUUUGUAUUUUACAUAUAGAACAGUAACUGUAUUUUUAUAAUAUUGUAGACAUAUUAUCCAAUUAGAAACAUUUUAAAAAUGUAUUAUAAAUUAGAAACAUUUUAAAAAUUUAUUAUAACCCCAACUUGAAGCUAGGUCUCAUUACUACUAUAGUUCUAGUCUUAUUUUUCUUUAAAUUGUCUAGACUUUUCUCGGCACCGCAGCCAUUGAACUCAUCCUUUGACUUGUGGUCGUGCCAGUUGAAUUCAGCAAUGUCCAAGUGUGCCAACAUCCUUAAUUGUAAAUCCUUUUGUUAUGGUCUCUUGAGCUUCAUCAUGUUACAGGGAUGUCUGUCUUGAAUCAUCUGAUAACGGUACACUGUCUGAUCCAAUAUCUUAGAGGCUGUUCUGCUCUGUCAUCCUGUCAGUCAACAGUCCCUCAGUUGACCUUUUAGUCAAAUGUAAACAUGUUUCCUGUCAGUUCAAUUAUCCAUCUAUUCCACCAAUGCAUUUUGUGUACCAAGAAAUGUCAAUGCGAAAUCCAAACGCUAUAUGUUUGGGUAAAUAAAAAACUAAACACU